AUGUUCGUGAGAGGGGACAACCCUAAGAAACCUCUCCAGGACAAAGAAACCGCCUCCCGUCGAGUCUCACGAGGCUCGGCGCAUGUGCCUUGCACACACAACUCGGUUAGCGUGUUGGUGCCCGGCACAGGUCGAGUGGGGCCGGAAUCGCGGAACAGGCAAGAAAACGGCGGUCCCAGUCCCGGCGUCGGGGGGUUGCUCCCAAAGGAGCGGCUGAGGGCAGCGGCGGAUCCUUCCAAGGUCGACACAUAA